AUAAAGUAGAUGAAAAUAUAGGUGAGGAUCAUGGAGAAGAACCGAGUCAUGAGCCAGAAAAUAUGAAUGUUUUGAAUGAGGAAGAGUUGAAAGAAAAAGAUGAUGGGGAUAAGAAUGGAAGUGAAAAGAGUGGUAAUCUCGAGGAGCGUUGUGGAUACAUAGAUAUGUAUGAUCCUGGAAAUUGGGACAACAUAAAAAAAUGAUGGACUGAGUCGAGAGAUUUUAUGGUUGUACAAGAUCCUGCGAAAAGAUUGCCAAUAGAUUACAACUUUCCCAAGGAUGGUGUUAAGAGACAUUUCUCUCAUUUGCAUUAUACAAGACAAUUGGGUGAUGGGAAAAAACAAGAUCGACGUUGGCUACUUUAUUCAAAAAAACUAAACAAGAUCUUUUGUUUCUGCUGCAAAUUGUUCAAUAAGAGUGACAGUAGUCAAUUGGCAUCUGUGGGGUUCAACGAUUGGAGAAAUGUAUUGAAAAGGCUUAAAGAACAUGAAUCUGGUCGUGAACAUAUAUUAUGUAUGAAGCAGUGGGCAGAACUAGAUCUCAGGCUGCAAAAGAAUCAGACCAUUGACAAAUAUGCUCAAGAUGAAAUCAACAAAGAGAAAAUCCAUUGGAGACAAGUGCUGCUUAGGAUAAUUUCUGUAGUGAAAACUCUUGCUAAACAAAAUUUAGCAUUUCGUGGAAGCAACAAAAAGAUUGGAGAAGAAGGUUGUGGGACUUUCUUAAGCUUUAUCGAGAUGAUUGCUGAUUUUGAUCCUGUGAUGAUCGAACAUCUUAGGAGAUUUAAAGAACGUGAAUCUCGUACUCAUUAUCUCAGUGGCAGAAUUCAGAAUGAGUUAAUAGCUUUGUUGGGCAAUGAGAUCAAAGGUAUGAUCAUCAAGAAAAUUCAAAGUGCAAAAUUUUUCUCUGUUAUUCUUGACUGCACUCCAGAUAUCAGUCAUCAUGAACAAAUGACUGUUGUCAUACGGUGUGUAGAUGUGUCCACAACUUCAGUUAAGGUUGAAGAAUUUUUUUUAACGUUUCUGAAAGUUGAUGAUACAUCUGGAGAAGGGCUUUUUCGUGAUCUGCAAGAUGUAUUGGUUGCUUUUGAUUUGAAAAUUGAUGAUGUGAGAGGACAAGGCUGGAAAAUCUUUGAAGAUCAUGUAGAUGGUCUAACACUUAAGUCUUUGUCGAAUACUCGUUGGGAGAGCCAUGGUGAAAGUGUUAAGGCGAUACGGUUUCAAGCUCCUAAAAUCAUGAACGCUUUAGUUUACAUUGCUGAAAAUAGUGUUGAUCCACAAGAGCAGAAGUCUAUGGAGAUUGAGGCUGUGUUCCCCAAGCAAGGAAAGCGAGUAAUCAAAAGAAAAAUACAACAUGGCGAGAGUUCAGAGAAUGUAGAGGGGAGUGUGACAUUAUCACCCGAAGAGAAAUUUAGAGUUGAUUACUUCAUUCAGAUCAUGGACCAAGCUCUCUACUCGCUUGGGACAAGAUUUGAACAAUUCGAGAAGUAUGAAAAAAUAUUUGGAUUUUUGUUUGAUUUGAAGAAACUGCAGUCAGCAAGUGAUGAUAGUUUGAUGGUUUCCUGUGCCAAUCUUGAAGAUUCUCUAACUCAUGGUGAUCAUUCAGAUAUUGUUGGUAGUGAUCUUUUUGCUGAACUUAAAAUUGUAAGAGAAGCUUUACCAGAAGGAGUUAAGAAGCCUACUGAAGUGCUAGACUUUUUGCAAAGUGUUCAUGAUUUUUAUCCGAACUCAUCGAUUGCUAAUCGAAUAUUGUUGACCAUCCCUGUUUCGGUUGCAUCUGCUGAGAGGAGUUUUUCGAAGUUGAAGCUAAUAAAAUCUUAUCUUCGUUCGACUAUAUCACAAGAAAGAUUAAGUGAUUUGGCUAUCUUAUCUAUCGAGAGAGAACUCUUAAGGAACAUUGAUUUUGAAAGUUUAGUCAAUGAGUUCUUAGAAAAGAAGGGAAGACAAAUUAUGUUUUAGAAUUAUUAUGCAGUGUUUUUUUUUGAAUUGACUCUUUAUAAGACAUUUUUAUGAAUGAAGGCAUAUUUUUUCUCUCGCUUACGUAU